UGCCGUCGACACUAAAUAGCAGGUGGACAACCAACAAAAGCUGCGGCAAUGCAGAAUCGGCUACUGUCAGCUUGAAGUUUGUUAAACAUGUAAUUGGUUAAACGAAGCAAAAACGUCGUUUGAACCGCGAUGGACCGAAGCAGAUCCCCCAAAAGAGGCCGUAGAGACAAAAACAACAAGAAGAAACGAAGGAGAUCAUCAUCUUCGUCGUCGUCGUCCACGUCUUCAUCCAGCAGCACAAGUCCGAGCAGGUCGAAGAAGACAACGUUGCACAAAAGUCAAGAUGGGAAAACCCCAAGAAAGAAGCGCAGACGAAGCUCGUCUUCCUCCUCUUCUUCAUCGUCGUCUACCUCUUCCUCGUCUUCGUCGAGCGAUGAAAGGAGCAAGAAGAGCAGCAACAGGAAGAAGAAGAAGAAACUAUCGAAGAAGAAAAAGGCCAAGCUGAAGAAACAGCGUAAGAAGGAGAAGAAAAAGAGGAAAGAGAAGCUGAGAAAGAAAAAGCAGGAUGAGGAGGAGAAGAAGACAGAGCCUCUUAGCUUCCCUGUACAAAAACCUUCAUCCUCAUUGGAGGUGUGGCAGACUGAUGAUGGCGGAGUGGAGCUCGGCCCAGUGAUGACAGACGAACAGAAGGCCCGCUUGGCCACUAGGAGGCCUCUUACCAAGGAGGAAUACGACGCCCGGCAGAGUGUCAUUCGCAAGGUGGUGGACCCCGAAACGGGACGCACCAGGCUGGUUAGGGGAGAGGGAGAGAUCAUCGAGGAGAUAGUCAGCCGUGAUAGACACAAGGACAUCAACAAGCAAGCCACCAAGGGGGACGGCAACUCCUUCCAGAGAACGCUUGGGCUCAACAGGUAGAAGAUGCUGCUUUGUGGUCCAUUGCUACAACCGGCUGCAAUUUGGCGAAAGGUGCACACAACAUACUUUAGAUGCACUGUGCGUUGACAUCUGCUGCUGGUAUUUCAAUGACAGAACUAAGAGAGAUGACAUUUUUUGGUCAAAUGUUGAUGAAACUGUAGUUGUUAGCGUUUUUAAUUUUUCAGUGGAGAAGUUGUUUUUCCCAUUUAAAAAACACCAUGCUUUUUAUUGCACAGACACUGACGAUGUCCUGUGAGUACAUAUUUCUAAUUUUCCCAAUUUGUAGUCUACAUUUUUGUUUGUAGUUUCACACGCUGACACUUGUCAGGAUGUGUCAACUGAUUGCAGACAAUUAAAUACUUCAAACUUUACUUACCUUGUAAAAGUCUAUGUGGAGAAAACACACACGGAAACAAGGCUCAAAUGAAUUUUUUUUUUUUUUUUGCAUGGAUUGAUGUUUUUUAUACACUGCAUAAAAACAAGGGAAUGGAAAUCAAGUGAGCGGUCAUCCAAAACCUACAAAAUAGACACACACACACACACACACGCGCACCCUGUGCAAUGGAAAUAUUUGUCAAGUGUCAUCAUCAUAGUAGUGUGACUUGUGUGUUUUAUUGUUCGCUAGUUUGAAAUAAGACUCACUUGUCCAUACAUGUGCUGUUGUUGUCAUAUAUGAUGGACAAAAGGCAAAGAAAACAACCCAAGGCCUCUAAAGGUUAAAUGAGUUGGACAAACAGUUUAACUUAAGCAUUUACGUACUAAUUGUCUGAUUUCUUCUCACUUCACCUUUCAUUAGCACAAUUUCUGUUCAUUUGAUUUUUUUUUGUCCCGUACUUAACUUGCAAGGCCCAAAUUUACCACAUUUCUUGACGGAUUCAUGCCAACCUCAGUACAUUAUAUGGACAAAAGUAUUGGGACACACCACCUAAUCAGUUGGAUGGCCGAAUGUCCCAAUAUUUUUGUUCAUAAAACUAGUGCCAACCACAAAUAGACCCCUGCUGCGUUCUGACCUCGGUCAAUAAGGACAUAAGGAAAGGUGACCUUGCGUCCCAAGACAUUUGUCCAAACAGUACAGAAUUAAGUCCAAUUUUCCAGGCCUUUGUGCAAAAGGGGGAGUGGAGUGGUGAUAUUCCUGAUUGGAGUGAUUGUCAGAGCACUGGGAUGCAGUGUGUGUUGGACGUGGUGGUGAUCAAUAAAUAAUAGGAAGUAUUGCACAUUUUCCCUUUUACAUUUGCGCCCAUGUUGUUGGUCCAUUGCAGUCACUUUGGGACAUGCCCCACUAGAAACAUCAUCAUCAUCAUCAUCAAUUCUCAUCGCUGUGUUCUGACAUUUUUAUACACUAAAUUUACAACUUUAAGUCUUGAAAAGAGACUAAAAGGAGCACAUUCAACACCGGAGGCUAAAGCAGAAAGAGAGAGAAGCCACUUCCCAGAAUUCCAAAAUAGCUUAAAAUGACAAUAUACCGUAAUAAUAAAUAGAACACGUGUGUGGUGAUUGGCAAGAAAACAAUGACAAUACUGUGCCAGGCCUCUCCAAAAUAAAAUAAAACGUAAAAAGAACCAGAAAUUCCAUAUUGACCUGAAUAUAAGACAGUAUUUUUCCCCCAUCAAAACAGACUGAAAAAGACGGGUUGUCUUUUCUUUACACAUGCAACAGCGUGCUUUGAAACUAGAAGCUUUUGAUGAAAUAUGAGCUGGUAAACAUAAAAGAAUCUAAACGUAAAACCAAUCUAAAACGUAUUCAACCCAUCAGACGGCCUUUUGCGUUGGAAUAUUAAGAGUUUUGUCACGUAUUAAGUCAUGAAAACUGCCAAAUCCAUGUUCUUUCCGACAUGGAAAAAAUGUUGUGAACACACUUUUAAAUAUUUGGAACAAGCAUGGCUACAGACGUGCCUUAGCACGCAACAGUGAUGCUAUGCUGUGAUGCUCAUUUUGAGACGAUGCUGAUCAGCUGUUCAGCCGAUAAGAACAAUGAUGCAUACAAUCUUAUGACGGAAAUAUGAUACUGAAAUGUACAACGCAGUAUUAGGAAAAAAAAUCUGAAAUUUCGGGAAUAAAGUCGUACGUAAAUUUAAAAGAAAAUAAUUUGUAAAUUUAUGACUUAUUUAGUCUCACUUCCACCUUCCUUACCCUGCCCGCUCCACAUGCCCAAGCCAAGUAAGAUCUGACUUUCUUCUCAUAAAUGUAGGACUUUAUUCUCCUAAUAUGAGUUUUUCUCUUACAUUUGCGACGUUAUUCUCGUAAAUUUACCCUUUUAUUCUCAAAAUCUCCCAUUAUUUUAAUCCUCCAGAACAGGCAUUGCCUGAGACAGCAGUGAAAAGCGGGGACUUAUGUUACCUUUGGCUUCGGGCAAAGGUAAUAUUAGGACUUUUUUUUUCCUCGUAAACGUAUAAUUUUCUCUUGUAAAUUUACCCCCCCCCCCCCCCCCCAAUGUGGCCCUAAUACGCCGUCGUGGAAAUGUGACUGAUGUUGUCUUAUAAAAGCGUAUUUCCAAAAAGAGGUGGUUGUCUUAUAUUCGGGUCAAUAGGCUAAUAAGGAUAAAAAGAAAUCCCAAAGUCAUUCAUUAAAAGAAGAUUUUUCCUCCACAUGAAAAGAAAAUAUGUUCAUUAAAUAACAAGGAGGUGCCAUCCUGAAUAGGAAGAAGACACUUGACGUGCGUCUCCAGUGGCCCAGCAGACAGCAGUCCUGCACUCUUAUUUCUAAUUUAUAAUAACAGCAGUGUACAAACAUACUGUACACCUUAUCCUGUCACGUCCCUGCACAGAUAUUCCGCUCUGUGCUGGAGUACUUUGGCACAUUCACUAGGUAGGAGUCACACGGUUCUCCUGUGGGAGUGGGGGUGCAGUUAAAGGGUUAUCAAUAAUCGGUCUUUUGUGGGAGGAGGGGAGGGAAGUCCAAUUUUCCGCUUGUUGAAUUCACUCCACCAUUCCAAGUUGUGCUUGCAGCCGUUUAGUGCAGAAAUAUACAGCAUGGCGCUACUGUGCCUGGCAGUCCCAUGGAACGUGUCUGAUUGUGUGUUGAAAUGCGUGCAACCUGAAAAGAGCACCCAGUCAUUGUUAGCGGCGUUACUCCCACCUCAUUUGGGGCUGAGUAUCCCAGGCUCCAUCUUGGUGCUGCUGCUGCGCCCCCAGCAGCUGGCCGUGAUGCUCAUGCUGCGCUGCCCCGCCCCCUGGCCGUGGCCACGCUCCAGACGCUCGCGCUCUAGACGCUCGCUGUCCGACUGGCUCUGCGUGCGCUCGGGCCGGCCGUGGAUGUUCCCCGUGGUGGGAGAGCUGGGGGCCGGCUGGGAGGAGAUGGUGCGCAGCAGGUUGCGCUUCCUCAGGAAGUCGCUGUUGGCGCCAACGCCGAAGCUGCCCUUGCGGAGCACCAUGCGCGUGCUGCUGGACUUGGCCGGCCGCGAGCGCUGGUUGUACUCCAGCUGGGACAGGUGAGUCGCGUAACCCUCGGUGAUGAACUGUGGGCGCAGAAGAGAGCCAAUCACUCUCUCUCUCACUCUGUUGUGGUUUUUCAAAAAUGAAUCACGAAAUGAUGGCUGUUUCAUGGUUGACUACAGCCUAUUAGUCCAAAUUCAGCAUUUUCAAAACAAAAAAAUAUUCUAAAUCAACUAAAAUACAAAUACAGUUUAAGGCAAUACGAGACGUUAAUGAACUGUGUUGUACACUGGCCACUAGGUGUCACUAGUAACACGCACCAGACUCGUUCGCCAAUGCCCGGCUAUUAUUAUUUUAGAAUUAUUUAUAUCACAACAGGUACAAUAACAUCAUAAUACUAAUAAUAGUCAUUAUCAUCAUAACACGGGCCGUACUCUGGGUAAAAUUCAACUCUGAAUCUGCACGCUACACUCCUCCACGCUCUCUCACUUCCUCCUUCCUGUCAUCUGUGGUUUUUCCAUCCACAUAAUCUCUGCCGAGCUCUUAUCAGAUGCACGUCUGCCACCUUGUGGCCGUUUUCAUGGCUUAAAAUUGCUCUGACGUGAAGUCCAUUAGUGGGGAGUAAACUAUAAAUACAGCUUUAUUGGGCACUAUAUAUAUAUAUAUAUAUAUAUAUAUAUAUAUAUAUAUACACACACACACACACACACACACACACACACACACACACACACACACACACACACACAUAUACUGUAUGUAUAUACACAUGGAAAUCAUUCAAAUCACAAAAUAAUUAUAGUACGGUAUAUGAAAAGAACUGAUCAGCAUGUAAAAAAUAAAAUAAAAAUCAGUACAGUGUAACGUGCGGGAGGUCUUGAUGAAAAACAAGAUGAUUACAAAUACCUGACACUGGUGUUGCAUCUUCUUGGAGGGUCUUCCAACGAUGUAGAUGUGCGAAGCAGGCAGAUUGAUGGACAUGUAGACCGAGAUGUCUUUGGUUGAACCGUAACCAGCAAAUAUCUUCAUGUGAGCCUGAAAUAAUAAUAACAAGAUGAUGAUUUCUGCUGGUGUAAUACAAGGUAGAGCCCGGCCGAUACAUCGGCGGGCAGAUUAUGACAUAUCACUCAUAAAUCAACGUCGGUGAAUAUUUAACCGAUAUAUUAACUUGCUGCGCGGAGAUUCUGUUGCUCCCUUCUUGUGUCUCUCUGAGCUGCUCCUGUGGGUACUUGGCCCCUCCCAGGGUGUUGUAUACUCAUGUGAGAGUUGAAGACGUGUGCGGCUCCACCCCAUCACAGUGUGUGUUUACGUGCCUGUACGAGCACAUUCGGAACCCACAGUAGACAAUAGCCGGCUUAAUAUAGAGCCACAACAGUCCUUAUUACACUAAGCCUGGGCGGAGUAGUGGUAUAAUCCUAUCCUGCUGUUAACACCUCCGAUAAAAGGGAAGUGUCGCUCCCUGAAUUGGGUAUGAACGACUCUGAUACUGGCUCGUUAGCAUCUAUUGUUCUGGCUCGGCCCUGGCUUCACCUCAUUUGCAAGACUAAGAGCUGUGGGUUUUGGUCUCAGUAACCUGCUGAACACAGCAGGUUACUGAGGUUUAAUUUAACUAUGAGGUUUAAUUUGGACCCUGUUCCGCCCACUCUUACUGUAUUUAAGGCCUAAGCUACCAGCACUUAUUAGUUCGCUGACGAAGCUCUUCGGAUGAGGAGCGAAACGUCCGACACCUUCUUCACAGAAGUACAGAUGACGUCUCAAGAAGCCUUUUCCUCAACUUUAUCCGUUGUUUGUUACUCAUCAAAUUGUGACUUAAAAAAAAAUAAAAAUGUUUUCUUUAAUAUUCCCGUGUUCUGACCUCUGUCAAGGCCUUAAGGAAGUUGGCCUUGUGUCUGAGCGGGUCGUGGACCAGGCCGUCACAGAAGGACACUAUGCCAUGAGGGAAGUUGUGCUGCGACAACCAAGCCACCACUCGUUGCUUCUGCAUGUCUGGUCGUCCCGUCACGUAAAUGAUCAGGUAGCCUAAAUCCUGCCAGUGCCUGCACACAACACAGGAAGUCAGAUGCAUCAGUGAGUACGUUUACAUGCAGUCAAAUAACGCUAUCACAACCGGGAUAUUGGCAAUAACCAGUUGCGCACGGCCAUGGAAACACCAAUACCCCUUCUGGAAAAAAAAAAAACCCAGAAUAUUAUCCCCGAGUUACUCCUUUUCUAACCCGAAAAUUGGGUCAUGUGUACGGCUAUUGGGAUAUCCCGAUUGAAAGGAACAUUAAUUUGUGUUCUGCCCAUGUUCUAUUCAAAAGGAAUCUUGAGUCUUUGGCAGGAACUACUUUACUUGUAAACAUGACGACACGCAAAACCCCACACGUUUGGAGCGAGGGGGAAACAAGCCCCCUCGUUAGUGUGGUGAAAGACAGGAACAUUAUGUCUUUUAUAGAAAGUACCGCAAUAGCGAAAUCUAUCAGAAGGUGAGCAAGCAGUUACACGAAGCAUCUUCAAAAGCGUCCGGGGGGCUGUGGGGAUAUAUACAAGUAGCAUGGAUGUGGAUGGCACAGCUCCGGCUCCAUUUCCUAUUUCUUCACUUUCUCACCUUCGAUGAAUGAAGAAAGUGACACAGAAUAGUACUGGUCAAGUACUGGCGGUGGGUCAGUACAAGCACCAAAAGGCAAACAAAAGCGUUCAUUAUCCACCGUGUUGUUGGUGUUUUUGGAAACAGGAAAAAGAAGUGGAAAUGACGCGCACUGCGUCGAAACCAUGUCUGUGCGGGUUUUUCACACAUGUAAACGGGUUAUUCCAAAUGUUCCAGAAACCGAAAUAUUGACCUUAACCCGAAUAUUGACUGCAUGUAAACAGUCAUUCAACACCAUACCAAAAAAAACCCCAACAAAAAAACAAGGCCGGGUAACUUCUAGACCUAGAUUCUACCUGACAACGUCAACAGCUCCCGCCCGCACUUUGGGGUCGCUGCCCAUGAUGGAGACGCUGGCGGCGAAGGAGCCGUCGAUGCUGAACACCACAAACUCUGUGCCGCGAGGGAUCACCGUCAGGUAGCUGUCUGCAAACGUGUGGUCGCCCCUGAGGAGACAUCAAGGCUAGAUUUUUUGGACAACACACAUUUUCAAUACACUAUUGAGGUACUUCUAAUACUUCAAAUUGUUUAAAACACUUCAAAUUGUUUAAAAAUAUUAUAAAAUGGCACCAACAAACGGGAUUCUAUUCCCCAAUUAACUUUCGCAAAUGUGAGAACUACAAUUUGAAGGUGAGUAAUUUCAAGUCCAGAUGAGGGUCGUUAACGUACCUAACGACCAUUUUGACAGGGUAGACGCCCACGCCCAGACGUUUGUCGUUGGGAAGGACAAAGGACACGCGGCCACUGCUGUUGGUCACCUCCGUGUUGAAGUAAACCCAUUCCCCUGAUGGCGGCUGAGUCAUGAUGUGCAGGUCAACCUGGGAGAGGACACAAAACACGUCACACGUGUUAAUCAAUGCGUGCGCGCGUGUGUGUGUUGCCAUGGAGACAAGAAGUCACCUUCUCUCCGGCCAAGGUGACCAUGUCCAGCGGGCCGUACAUGAAGCGGCCGGUGACCACUUGCUGGCUGUCUUCUGUGAACACGGCAUCGUUUACGCGGUGGUUGGCAGUCACGUUCUGUCCAACGAAAACAUACAAACACUUGGUCAUUGCAUUCUUAAAAAGUACGUACAGACCAUCCAACAAAACUGGUCUGAUUUGAUGCAGAGAAACCACAUUUUCAUGUUAUCUGGGAGUUGUUAUGAUUUGCUGUGAUGUAUUGCUUCCUAGAGUCAUCCCCCAUUUAUCGUGGUUAAAUUGUUGCAGACGCGACCGUGAUAAGUGAAUUUCCGUCAAGUAGGAUUCAAUAUUAAUAAAUGCAAAAUUUUCAUAUUUGUGGCAUAAAAAACUGUUUACAAUCUUCAAAAUACAUUUUUUAACAUUAGAGCCCACUAGACAUGAAAUAACACCCCUAUAAUCACAUUCACACUCAUAUUACCCCAUAUGGUAGACAUAAUCAGAAAAAAUAAGACAUAUAAGACAAGAACAUAGCCAUUUAAGACGUAAAUAAAACUCCUGCUCGUAUGUGUCACAGUAAAUGUGUUUCCUAGGGGACCUUAGUAGCGGGCGGACAGAUAUGUGGAGAACAGGAAGUGAUGCAAGAGGUUCAGAGUUGAGUUUUAGCUUGUCGUGGGUUAUGCCCCACCAAUAGCCCGUGUUAUUAUUAUGAUUAUUAUUUUAUUAUUGUACCUGUCAUGAGAAUAAAUGCUUGUUCUGGUGAUCACGUCUCUACCGAACAAUUACUAACACCUAGUGGCCAAUGUAGAAUAACACAUUCACAAUUAGAAAGCUUCAAUUUUAGUUCAUUUAGUUGGUUCAUUUAUACAUUUUUAUGCUUGAAAAUGCUUAAUUUGGGCCAAGGAUAUUUGUUUAAAUAUGCAUAUAUUUGUUUUGACUAAUAAUAGGCCGUAUUGAACCAGGAAACAGCUCUCGUUUAUUAAUUAAUUUUUGAAAAACAGUGAGUGACGGCAUGAUAUCGGAAUCGCGAUGUAGCGAGGGAUGACUAUUGUCUUCAUUUAGUUUUCGUUUUUUUAGGGUUGCUUUUUUUCAACCUGAGUGAUUUCCAUGGAAUAUGACUACUACUUUCUUGCAAAACUCGAUGACCCGCAACCCCAUCAGAAUCCCCCGCUCACCCUGAUCUUCACGUGAGUCCUCUUGCGGAGCCACUUCUCCCGAGGUUUGGAGGGCGUAAACUCUGACACUUCUUUCCCGUCAAGUUCCAGGAUACUGGAGUUGUCGUGCCUCAUGACCUGCAACAAAUAUUUGCAUCAUCGUCAGUCAUCAAUAAGAGAUGAUUGACAGGCCAGGCCUAGCUCUGCUCGUUUUCCACUUCAUAACAAUGUGCGCAAACCAGAAGAUCCGUGAGAAUGAGACACAAACAAAGGAGAAAACUCUGGCUCUCCACAGUGUUUACUAAUCUUAAAACACAUUUUACCCGAGAGGAGAUUGAGUGCAGCAAAACAAAUAUGGAGCACUGCUGCAAAGUAGAGACUGUGGAGUAAAAAAAACUGCAGUAUUCAGAGGUUUGGUUUGUCGUACCCAUACAACGAAUGCCAGCCGGUGUGGCUGUGCCAUUGGUAAACCUCACUCCUUGAUACCUGAAGAGUCGUGCUGGACACAAUAAUGAGAUAACUUAUUGUAGUACCUGGUAGCACACCGCCUGCACAGGACAUUCGUAAUGGGAGACGAGCACUGACCACCAGACUAUGUCGGUCGCGUGUUCAGUGCAGCUCUUAAGGCCGAGGGAGUGAGGUUUUACCAAC